GUCUUUUGAAGAAAAUAUCAUAUUUCAGCACUCAUAGGUAUGGAAAUGGUGUAACAAAUCCCAACAUCUAGAUAUUUAUCAAGGAAGGAUAAAGAUUAAAAUCGUCAUCGAUAAAUACUUCAUGUAUGUCUAAAUCAGUGCUUUAUUGAAUUUCACUCUAUUUCACGCUCACAAACACCAAACACAGACACAUACACCGACAAAAAAUAUAUAUUGAGUUCAAAGUAUACUUUUGCUUUUCUCCUUAAGAGUGAAUUCCUAUGAAAUGUCCUAGAAGUUGUAGCUUUUUCCUUCUUUGUGAAAGACAGAAAAAAAAACAUCGUCAGGUUGAGCAAAAAUUGCUGCUCUGCGGCAGACAGGAUUCGAUGUUUCAUAAUUCUCUGGUUGAUAAUGUCGGGUUUAAAAUAAUCCUGUGAUAACACUGAAAAUGUUCAGUAAAUCAUCUGGACCCCGAGUAGGCCUCACACCUCUUCGAAUGCUAGCUUUGAUCGUGUGCGUGUGUGUUUAACUAACAAACAUGUUGGGUCUAAUGCAUUGUUUGCGUUUUUUUUUAACUAUCUUAUGUUCUUACUGUUUUAGAAAUUUUUUGAAAUUAUAAAAUUUACAAAAAUCCUUCCCCCCCCCUUUCAACUUCCGUUUCACUAUUUGUUCGACCAUUACGAUAAUAAAAUUUUAUGGUGAAUUUUAUUAAAUCGUAAGAUAUAUUAUAAAUGAUCUCAAUAAAUUUGAGCGGAAGUAUCGCUAAAUGUGAUUCUUAUGUAUACUUUUCUUCUACGCAUAAAUUGAAGUAAUGUUUACAGAAAUACGACUUAUUUUCUAUAUAUUUAUUUGAAGGCACAUUUUUGAAAAGAAGCUUAAAUAUGGGUAAGGCACCUCCGAAAUGGUUACCAGGGGAACGGGUGAAGGAGACAAUUUUGCUGCAGCGCAAGUCUGUAGAACAACUUAGGGCUGACCGCGUGCUACGUCGGGAUAAACUUAAGGCGCAGCGCGAGCGUCGAAAGGCCAAAAUCGACACCAAACGCAAGAAAAAGUUAACCACAAAAAAGUUUAUUUCUGCACAGACUAUUUUAAAAAGUGCCCAACGCAAAGAGCGUCAAGGUAAGCAGUUCCGGAAGAUUGGGGAAAAGGUCAAAGGCCGUGAAAAGCGGUCUGACAAAAAGCGCUUCCAGACCUAUCUUAACGACAGUAGGGUAGUACUCCUUGUGCGGGCAAAGGGGAGCCAGAUUCCACCCGAAGUGACGGCAGCCUUCCACUCAAUUGGGCUCCAAAAGCUAUACGCCGCGCGGCUGAUGUACGCUGGUAACCCUCACACACAUAAACUUAUCAAGCAGCUUCAGCCCUUCUGCAUCUUUGGCCACCCCGAUCGAGAGCAACUCGAUGCCCUUCUCCGCACCCGCGGAUGCAUCUACAACCCGGAAACCAAAACGAGGCGGUUCAUUAGUAGCAACCUUUUGAUUGAACGCGCACUUGGGGCCUAUGGAGUUUUAUGUAUAGAGGAUAUCAUAGAUACGAUUGCAAACCGCACGGAGUCCACCGCGGAGGUGCUUAAGCGCAUUGGGCCCUUCGACUUCCACCCACCCCGGCAGCUCUUCCUCGAACGUCACCGUUCUGUGCAUCAGAAACUGGAGGUACUUAAUAAAGAUUCCUUCGCUGCGUAUUUGGCGAAUGAGCUUCGGGGUACCGCAAAGCGCGAGCGAAAGCGCUCCGCUAGUGCUCUUCCUGUAGUGGAAACCAAAAAGGCAGAGGGUAGUGGUGGUUCCUUGAAGCGCAAGCGGAUCGAGCGCUAA